AUGGACCGAGGGCUAGCAAAAGGCGUUUCUGAUAUUGUUGUUGUUUGUAUGUCCAAUGGGACAUUGAUUGAAUUCUCAGAUAAAGAAGUUUUAAAGACUUGUGAAAUUAAGGAUUGUGUACCUGAAAAUGUUGAAUUUUUUAUUUGUUACAAGCCAUUCAGUGUUUUCUAUGUUGUAAAAUCUAAGACAAAUGUGUACAUAGUGAAAAGAGAGAAGUAUUUGAAGGUGAGCCAUACAUUUAGUAAAGUAAAAAAGGUUGUGAAAGAUGAUUUUUGGAAAGUAGGAUCUCCACAAAUUGGAUUGUGGUAUUGUGACAAAGAAGUUUCUGAACAUCCUCAUUUUGUGACUGACCUGUCUGACAGCGAACCAAAAAAUGAAGGAACAUCAUCUACUGAUCAAUUUUCUGCAAUCUACUAUGAGAGACUGAAGCAACUUGUUAAAAGCGAGCUUGAAGAGGAUCUUUGUGCUCAACUAGAAGAGGAUCUUCAUUUAGUAACAGUGCUUGGUGAGAAAAAUGCAAGUACAUCGAAAUCUCAAAAAUCUGGUUGUCCUCGCCUUGAAAUGCGAAAAGUGUGGAAGAAGAUUCACAAUGACAAGUGGAUUGUUGGUGUGCAGGUUGUCAACAAAGGGAAGAUGUGAGUUGAUAAAUAUGUAUUUCCUUUUUUUUUUAAUUUCAUCUUCUCAGUAAAGAAAUAUUUCAAAGCAAAUGUUUUCAAUGCCAUUGUGUAUUGCUACAUUGGCUUACCGUGGUUACUUCAGAGUUUCUUCACGUAACGAUACUAAUACUUUUUUUGCUGAAUUUAGCUGAAAUUAUGUGAAUUGAAUUGAUUUUGUUGAAUGUCUAUUUUCCCCUCUUGCUUCUCUAAUUUGUCUGUAAAGAUUUUACUUUCUUUCGUUUAUAUUUUACUAUUGAACUUUAUCACAUGAAAUUAAUUUUUCAAUGUGCUUUUUGCUGUU